AUGAUCCCUUACCCAACCGUGGAAGAUGCGUCCGUAGCGUUAGGACGAAACCUGACUUGGUUCGAGACGGUUUGGUUCGAUUACUCAGCCACCAGAUCCAAUUUCUAUGUAUAUUGCCACACCAUUUUGUUACUGUUCCUCGUUUUUACUCUCGCUCCACUCCCUUUUGUGUUUGUGGAAUUGACCGGUUGGUUUGAUCGGUUCAAGAUUCAACCGAAGGUGAAGUAUUCGUUAUCUGAUAUGUUCCGUUGCUACAAAGAUGUCAUGACGUUGUUCCUUCUUGUGGUCGGCACAUUGCAAAUCGUCUCUUACCCUUCGAUACAGAUGGUAGGGAUUCGAAGUGGACUGCCAUUACCAUCGUUGAUGGAGAUUGUAGCACAAAUAGUAGUUUACUUCUUGAUAGAAGAUUACAGUAACUACUGGAUCCAUAGACUGUUGCAUUGCAAAUGGGGUUACGAGAAGAUACAUCGAGUCCACCACGAGUACACAUCUCCAAUCGGAUUUGCAUCGCCGUAUGCACAUUGGGCCGAGAUCUUGCUUCUUGGGAUUCCGACAUUUCUUGGACCGGCGAUUGCACCUGGUCACAUCAUGACCUUUUGGUUGUGGAUCACUUUACGUCAAAUCGAGGCCAUCGAGACUCACAGCGGAUAUGAUUUUCCAUGGAGUCUGACAAAAUGCAUUCCGUUCUACGGUGGAGCUGAGUAUCAUGACUAUCAUCACUACGUUGGAGGACAAAGUCAGAGCAAUUUUGCUUCAGUUUUCACUUAUUGCGACUACAUCUAUGGAACUGACAAAGGCUAUCGAAUCCAUAAGAAGCUUCUUCAUCAGCAGGUUAAGGAGGAAGGUGAGCACAAGGGAGGAAUGAAAUACGAUUAG